UCAAGCUUCAAAUCGCUGUUGCUUUACCUUGACAGCCUCUUAUCACCUUCACUAGCAAUUUCACCUAACUUGCUUUGGUUGGCUUCCUGAGAUUCGUUUGUCUUUACUUGUUCGACCAACAACUGUCGUCAGCCAUCUUGGACUCAUCAUGCCCCCGUCAUUCUUGUUUGGGGUGUCUCGUAUUCCGCUACCGCAAGUGUAGAGGCGAUUGGCGAUUAUUUCUGUUGCCUGUUGUCGGAGUUUGUCGGUCGGUCAAUUCAGCCUCCAGGGGCAACGCCGCGUUUCCAAGUCGCACCCAGCUUCUGAUUACCCAAUCCCUCGCUUAGACAAAAGUCUCGCGAUUCUCGGUUGCCUUCAAAAAAAGGUACGAAUGAUCUCCACUCCUCGGAGACUCAGGGGCAGCAUGGUUGGCCUAGUGUUCGUGCCGCGUGGUGUUAAUACACCACAACGGCCAGGCUCCAGCUUUUUUCUAAUCUUCACACCACUCGUAUGCUACAAUGACGCAUCAUCCCUGUGGUCCAUCGGGCGAUCUGACUAGUUUUCAUUGAUGUUUCCAGCAAAGUGUCCUGUAUAGUCUUGGUUUUCUAAAACAUUAAUGAACCUGCAGCCUCGCUCGAACGUUGUGUCGAAGCUCAUCUUCUCAAAUGCACACAAUCCCCCGGCCUAUACCCAAUUCUCCCCCUGUUCUCUUCUCAUACCAUACGCGGAGUACAUUCGAGGUAGAUUGCCAUGGCAUCACCUACUCGUCGAUAUAAGUCGAGACCCGCACUCCCGUGUCCAGCCCCACAAAUCCCGGGCUCCGACCCACUCAACUCAACGACGCCCGAUGGUCAGCCGGCCUCGAAUGCGGAGCUUCUCACAACGUUAUCCGAACACGCGAGCUUGGAACACAAACCUUAUGCAGACGUCCAUGAUGGCUUGACUUCUCCCGCUGCACGGAAGUCAUCAUUUAUGGAGCUGCCAGCUGAAAUCCAUCUCCUCGUUACCGAACAACUCAUCUACCCCGAUGCCCUAUCCAUGAAACACGUCAACAGAUACUUUUACAAUCUCGUGGACACCGGUGUGCGUAAGAAGGUCGAGUGGCUUGUCCAGUGUCGUAGGUUGCACUUGGGUUGCCCCAAUCACAGGAGUUGUGACCUUGGUAGCGACGUGAGAUUUUGCCGAGGCAGUGUAAAACUUCUCAUGCAGCGUUGGAGAGAGCACAAUGAGUGUGAAGCCCGCCCCGGCCUUGGGUGUCUGGUAUACAGCACCUCAACGUGCGUACAUCGCAGGAAGCUAAGAAACAGAGUAAAGAGGUGGAUUCGACUUAAGCUUACAAUUGACAUACCGCUUUUGAUAUUGGCCUUGCUAGUCGUGCUUGGAGCCUGGUGGGCUGUACCAUUGUUCGCUUGAGGCCUGGAAUCUGGUCGUCAAUCAUGCGAUGCCUACAAAGCUCUGGUUACCUGAGAAGACGCUGCAUUGGCAAUGGCAGCAUCCUCAUGGUCAUUUAAGAAGCGGGCAUAUUCGAUCGGACGUCCAAACAAAAUGAACAAUUCCACUUGAUCGAAACAAAGCUCUUUCUACCCUCUGUGCCUCAAUUCGGAAUCCAAACCUUUACAUUUCGAAUUCAAUAACAUUCUCCCACUUUGGUUUCUGCUGGUUCAACCACAUUGAUAUCUUGCGCAGGUUUGCGCUGGCAUCAAGUAUAUUUAAGUCUAGGUCCUUGUACUGUGAAAAAAAAAAAAAAAAAAAAAAAAAAGAAAAAAAAAAGAAAAGUGUUCAUGAACACAACGGAUGACCCUGAUAUACAGGCGGCACCAAGCGGUGGCAGCUGCUUGCUUCGCUAUAACGGUUCAGAAUCAUCACGGCACUGCACUGCGGUACAGUUACUGAUUUGUGAGAUAUCUCUCUCUCUUCGAUUCGACCAUUGAAGUUAUUCAGUUGAUAUCUUUCUUGCUUGAGUUGAUGUCUGGCAGUUCCUAUCAGGCAGAUGCUGGCGGUCCCGUCAAAGACUUCAUAGUCCAGAUACACUGUGCUCUUGCUAAUGCCAUUCACACUCUAUCCGAAGAGGUUGCAAAUCACUCAGAUCAAUACGCUCAGGUUCUCGUCGAGAACAUGAGCUCACUGUCUAGCAGUAUCCUGCUAUGUGUCACUUCACAGGAUAUUCCUCAACCUUAUGGCAAAACACAACAACAAACCUGAAGAGUAGGCGGAUACAGCACCAGGUUGUGGAGGGACCUUGACCUAUUCACGAACACGUUGACUAAUUUUUCAUUUUACUCCUACUAUUAAUAUCCAACUCUUUUCUGUAUCAACCCAGAUUUGCUUUUUCCCAUUCUCCU